GUAAAGCUGAGGUAGGGUUCAGUGGGAAGGAUCGCUGUUUGCUGUGCUGCCUUUCGGGGCUGUUGAAACUUUCUUAAAGGGGCAAAAACUACUCCACGGAAAUGAGAAAUGGACCGUAAACGGAAGGAAUAUACGAAUAAGCAUGUAACAUAGCCUUUUUGUGAGGGAGAACAUACACACAUAUCAGUUAAUCCGUGUUCAGGACGUCACUUAUCUAGAGUUGUGGGAGGAAAAGUUUUUAAUUUUGGAGCUUUCUGGGAGGAACCUGAAGGCAUCUCCGGCUCGCGGCUCAGCUGGUCAGUUUCUCCGCAGGAAGAGACGCCUGUAAAUAAACUCUGCCAGCUCCUUAAACACAAUGUUUUACCUGGAAGAGAAAAACUGAACCUGUUCUCUGCUUUCACCAGCUCACGCUGUUCAGUAAUUGUUGGUUCUAAAGCAGAAAGGUCUAAAGUUCCCACCAUGACAUUCUCGGAGGAUGGCGACAUGGAGACCUUCGGCUCCGAGCUGCCAGCCAUGUUUGAUGGCAUGAAGCUGGCCGCAGUGGCUGCAGUCCUCUACGUCAUUGUGCGCUGCCUCAACCUGACGAGUUCACCUGCGGCCCCAGAGAUCAUCAGUCAGGACACGCCGCUCAGCCGAUACCUGCUCAAGUCCUGCCCCACGCUUUCCAAGGAAUACAUUCCUCCCUUACUGUGGGGGAAGAGUGGUCAUCUCCAGACAGCUCUGUAUGGCAAGAUGGGACGUGUCAGCACUCCAACACCCUGCGGGCUUCGUGUAUUCCUCCCAAUGCAGGACGGAGCCACAGCCACCUUUGACCUGUUUGAAGCUCUUGGAGAGCACAGCACAGGAGAUGAUGUUACUAUGGUAAUCUGCCCUGGGAUUGGUAACCAUAGUAAGAAGAACUACAUUCGAACCUUUGUGGAUUACUCCCAGCGGCGGGGUUACCGCUGUGCCGUCCUCAACCAUCUGGGAGCUCUGCCUGACAUGGAGCUCACCUCGCCGCGCAUGUUUACCUGCGGUUGUACUUGGGAAUUCGGGGCCAUGGUGGACUACAUCAAGCGUACCUUUCCCCAAACACUGCUGGUGGUUGUAGGCUUCAGUCUGGGAGGAAAUAUAGUGUGCAAGUUCCUGGGAGAGAAUCGGUCCAACCAGGAGCGAGUGCUGUGCUGCGUCAGCGUCUGCCAAGGAUACAGCGCCCUCAGGGCCCAGGAAACAUUCCUGCAGUGGGACCAGUGUCGACGCCUUUAUAACUUUGUGCUGGCAGGCAACAUGAAGAAGCUCAUCCUGUCACACAGGGGCAGUUUGCUGGGCAUGUCCUCCAGCAAUAUUGAUGAUGCAGACCUCAACAGGCUGUACACAGCUACCUCUCUGAUGCAGAUAGAUGACAACAUAAUGAGGAAAUUCCACGGCUACGGCUCCUUGAGGGAGUACUAUGAGAAGGAGAGCUGUGUGCACUAUAUUCACAAUGUAUCUGUACCGCUCCUCCUGAUGAACUCCUUAGAUGAUCCUUUAGUUCAUCGGUCGCUUCUGGCUAUACCCUGCAGACUGGCAGAGGAGAUGCCCAAUGUGACGUUUGCACUGACUGAGCACGGAGGCCACAUGGGCUUCUUUGAAGGAGCCGUGCUUUUCCCUCAGCCCCUCACCUGGAUGGACAAGGUCAUAGUUGAGUACACCGACGCCAUCUGCAACUGGGAGAGGCAACAGAAGGGCUGCCAGGGGACCGCAGAGCCAAACACGCAUUCAUGGCUGAAACCCAGUGGAUGACACCUGCAUACCUGAGGCUUUGACCUCAUGAUUUUACAGUAAUUCACAGAAAAAUCUCAGCAGAUUAGGUUUAAUCCUGCUUGGGGUAACAGCAGUGAGUGUGAUGUGAUCUAACACUGAAUAACUGCUUCUUUUAACCACUAAUCUACCAUCUCCUUCAUAGAAACUCUGCAGAGAGGCGCACGCCAACUCUGAACUGCUGGUAGCUUUAUUUAACUCGCUAUUCUCUGCAAGCUGCAAAGAAAAUAAUCACACUGACUCAUAAACGUAAUUUGUCCAUCUGAGAUAUCAGACUGAUUAUAAUCCCUCACAACUCCAACCAGAACCAGCAGGACUUCCUGUACCGUUUCCACGGCUGCUUUCCAGGUUAAUAUAUAAAGUUUUAUGUUUUCAGAUGUCUUUUAGCUCGGACUUUUUUUUGAUAGCUAAAUUAUUGUUCUGUUCUGUAUGAGCACUUUAAAUCGCUGUGCUUCGGCAGCAUGAGAGAGCUUGAACCAUUCCAAGGACUGAUCCACAGCACUUUAUUUCAUUUUAUUGAUCUGUAGUUUACAUUUCAAUCUGUCCCACAAAUAUGACAGAAACAGUCUUUUUUUUUUAUUGCUUCGAGGCUUUAUUAUAAACUCCAUGUGGCUGAGCCCCUCAGAUUAAAUGCCAAAUUGUAAUAGUUUAAGCUGCUUACAAAUUUCCCUCAUUAGUUAAAUACUUGAAACAAAAGCUGUUGUCUCUCACAGCAACACAUUGUGCCAGAAGCAAAAGAAUUUGAGAUUUUUUUUUUUUUUUUUACAAGAAAUUGUGUUUUAUCUUUGAAGUAAACUCUUAAAUACCUGCAGCAGAUGAUACAACUGCACCAGCAGUGAUCUUUGUAAAACACUUUCUGAGAAUGAAGGAAAAAUACGGAUGUGUAAAACCGAAACAAAAUCCCUAAAGGCAGAGUUGACUGUUGUCUGUUGUCCUGAUCCUCUGACUGCGACUCUACCUGGAAAAGCUUCACAUGUUCUGUCCUCAGGAUGUGAUUCACGCUGGGAGUCGGUCACUGGCGCCCCAGCUCCUUCUUCCCUUUUCUACUCAAAUAAUCCCUGCCUUCAUUGUAAAUCUAGAUAAAAGAAUCUUUUCAGCAUAAACCUGCAGGCAGAUCAAAGCUUCUGUGGUGCUUUUUAAAAAUCUGCAUAUAGCCUCCUGAACCUAGGGGUCUGUAUUUAAGAUAGUAACUGCUUCCAACCUUUAUUCACCACCCCUUCUUCAAAUCAAUUCAUUUUGUACUUGUUUAAUC